CUCCAUUUUCUUUCCAAGUGACCCUUCUCUUAUUUUCCACUCUCCUUCUUCCUCGACCCUCGUCCGCCACAAUCGUCGCCGGAAAACAUCAAUGCCAAACCACUAAACCCCAAAACCCCACUGCCACAACCAUGAGGGUGUCCUCCCCCGCGGCGGCGGCGUCUCACGCUGACGACCACCGCAUCUCCACCCUUGGCCAUCGCGACGCCGAGUCCCUCUUCCGCUCCAAGCCCAUCGCAGAGAUCCGAAAAACCGAGGCCGCCAUGCGGAAGCAGAUCGAGGACAAGAAGGAGGAGCUCCGGCAGCUGGUCGGCAACCGCUACCGCGACCUGAUCGACUCGGCCGACUCCAUCGUCCACAUGAAGGCCUCCUGCACCGCCAUAUCUGCCAACAUUUCUGCCGUGAACGGCCGCAUCCGCUCCCUCUCCCUCUCUCAAUCCCAUUCCCAAACCAAGCUCCAUUCCCAGUCCCGAGCCUGGACCUACGGCGUUGCGUGCCGCGUCAAGUACCUCGUCGACACGCCCGAAAACAUUUGGGGCUGCCUCGACGAAGGCAUGUUCCUUGAGGCAGCGUCGCGCUACGUGCGUGCCAAGCACGUGCACCACCGCUUGUUCCUCGAUUCCGAUGACCAGAAGAACAAGAUCUUGGCCAAUUUUCCGCUUCUUCAGCACCAGUGGCAGAUCGUUGAGAGCUUCAGGGCGCAGAUCUCCCAGCGCAGCCGUGAUCGCAUGCUCGAUCGCGGCCUUGCCAUUGCUGCUUAUGCCGAUGCGUUGGCUGCCGUCGCUGUAAUUGACGAGCUCCAGCCCAAGCAGGUGUUGAGCUUGUUUCUGGAAUCGAGGAAAUCGUGGAUAUCGCACAUGUUGGGUAAUGCUGGUGCUGGAGAUGCUUCCUCCUUGGUGGUUUCGGUAUUGUGUGAUGUGUUGGGUAUAAUUCAGGUCAGUGUGGGUCAGGUGGGUGAGUUGUUUUUGCAAGUGUUGAAUGAUAUGCCCCUUUUUUACAAAGUCAUUCUGGGAUCUCCUCCUGCAUCGCAAUUAUUUGGUGGGAUUCCCAAUCCUGACGAGGAAGUUAGGCUUUGGAAGUCAUUCAGAGAUAAACUGGAAUCGAUCAUGGUAAUGCUUGAUAAGCGUUACAUUGCGGAUACUUGUUUUACUUGGCUGAGGGAAUGUGUAAACAAGAUAAGUGGAAGAAAUUUGAUUGAUGCCAUUGGUAGUGGCCAGGAUCUUGCUUCUGCUGAGAAAUCAAUAAGGGAGACAAUGGAAAGCAAACAAGUUCUACAGGGGAGUCUAGAAUGGCUCAAGAGUGUUUUUGGGUCUGAGAUUGAGUUACCUUGGAGUAGGAUUCGGGAACUCGUUUUGGAAGACGAUUCAGAUCUUUGGGACGAGAUAUUUGAGGAUGCUUUUCUUGGCAGGAUGAAAGAAAUUAUUGACUUGAGAUUUAGGGAGCUAACUGGCUCUGUUAAUGUGAUGAGCUCAAUUUCUGCUGUAGUUGACUCAUUUACCAAGGACAAUGAUGUUCAGGGGUACUUGAACAGACCUUCUACAGCUGGUGGUGUUUGGUUUCUAGACUCCAAUGCCAAAAAAACUGGAGUUGUUUCUGGGUUUAAAGCCCAGCCUGAGGAGAGUGAAUUUCAGUCUUGUCUUAAUGCCUAUUUUGGUCCUGAAGUAAGCCAAAUCAGGGAUGCAGUUGAUGUUUCUUGUCAGAGCAUCCUCGAGGAUCUUUUAAGUUUCUUAGAAUCUCCAAAGGCUUCUAGAAGAUUGAAGGAUCUGGCACCAUAUUUGCAAAGUAAAUGUUAUGAAAGUGUGUCUUCUAUAUUGAUGACACUGAAAAAAGAGCUUGAUAGUUUAAAUGCCUCCAUGGAAAAUGGCGACAAGGCAGUGCCAACAACUGUUACAGUUGAAAAAUCUCUUUUCAUUGGACGAUUAUUGUUUGCAUUCCAAAACCAUUCUAAACAUAUACCUUUGAUACUUGGUUCUCCCAGAUUUUGGGCCAAUGGGAAUGCAUCUGCAGUAGGGAAAUUACCAACUAUGGUGAAACAAUCUCGAUUUGGAACUGAUUCUGCUGUCUGUGAUAGUCCAGGAAGACAAACAAGCCUUGCCUCUAAAAGACAAAAUUCAUCUGCUAUUGCUGCUUUGCUUGGAGCAAGAGAAGGUGCAAGUCAUGAAUUGGAAGAACUGAAUAAGACUAUAGGGGAUCUUUGCAUUAGAGCUUACAACUUGUGGAUAUUAUGGCUGUCCGAUGAACUUUCUGCCAUUGUCUCUUGGGAUCUUAAACAAGAUGAUGCUUUAUCUUUGAGCACACCCUGGAGGGGCUGGGAGGAUAUUGUAGUCAAGCAAGAUCAAUCGAAUGAGAACCAAUCGGAAAUGAAAAUAUCUCUUCCAUCUAUGCCUUCUCUGUAUAUCAUCUCGUUUCUAUUUAGAGCUUGUGAAGAAGUUCAUAGAGUUGGAGGUCACGUACUUGACAAGAAGAUUUUGCAUAAACUUGCAUCAAGAUUAUUGGAAAAGGUAAUUGGAAUCUUUGAGGACUUCCUUUCCACUGAAGAGGGUGGUUCCCGACAAGUGUCAGAAAAAGGUGUCUUGCAAGUUUUGUUAGAUGUCAAAUUUGCUACUGAUGUUCUUUCUGGUGGUGAUUCAAAUGUGGUUGGGGAAUCAUCUAAUAACCCGAAACCAAAGCUACCCAUCAGAAGGAAGCAGGACCCAAGUUUGACGACAUCAGCCAUUAGAGAACGUUCAAAUCAAUUGCUAAAUCGACUUUCUCAGAAACUAGAUCCCAUAGACUGGCUUACGUACGAACCAUAUCUCUGGGAGAAUGAGAGACAGACGUACCUACGCCAUGCAGUCCUCUUUGGUUUCUUUGUGCAACUUAACCGUAUAUACACCGAUACUGUUCAGAAACUGCCUACUAAUUCAGAAUCUAAUAUUCUGAGGUGUUCUACAGUUCCCCGGUUUAAAUACCUCCCCAUCAGUGCUCCAGCAUUGUCCUCUAGAGGGACAAAGAAGGCAUUUACCCCAUCAACAAAUGAAAUUUCUUCAAGAAGUUCAUGGAAUUCUCUUACAAAUGGAGAGCUUUCUCAGAAGAUAAAUUUGGAUGAUAGUUCAAGUCUUGGGGUGGCAGCACCAUUACUGAAGUCUUUUAUGCAAGUUGGAAGCAGGUUUGGGGAGAGUACUUUUAAACUUGGAUCCAUAUUAUCUGACGGGCAAGUUGGCAUUUUUAAGGAUAGAUCUGCAGCUGCUAUGUCCUCGUUUGGAGAUAUUUUACCUGCUCAUGCAGCUGGUCUUCUUUCAUCUUUUACAGCUCCAAGAUCAGAUUCAUGAUGGCUCAAUGAUUCAAAGAGAUCCCAGUUGCUCUUGAAAAGUCUCGUUACCAUAAAGUGUGAUAUCUCAUGAAACCUUCCCAACCCUCCACCUUUCAUACAUGAAACCACUCUAGAUAGAGCAACAUUACAAUCAGCUCCGAGUAUUCUAAACAUCUGGAGCAAAUGGGUCAAAGAAAUAUAGGGAUGAGGAUUCUUAAAGUUGACUGGCGUGGUUAACUAUCAUUUUAUCAUUUGGCUUGGAAACGGUUUUGAAUGUAAAUGCCCAACUUUUAAGCAUGAGGGAACUUGACAACAGAUUGACGAGCGAGUAGUGUUGAUGGUAGAUUUAAGAUCGCGUGUCAUUUGGGUCAAGGAAGCUGAAAUGGGAUCUUGCUAAUGUCAGAGUUGAGAGCUGCUAUAAUUUGUGGCUACUGUAUUGCGUGGUUCUAAUUUUUGGUCAAUGUCUAUAGUGGUUGCAUAAAUUCAAUCAAAUUAUCUUUUGUUAGAUAUUUUUUAAGGUUCUCAUUACAAUGUAACUCUGUAUUUCAAAUACUCAUUCAAUGAACUGAAUUCAUAUAUCUGUAGUUUGUCAUUAUAUUCCUGUUCUAUUCAUUUUGGUAAAUGUACCUAACGCCAAAUACAGUUUGGCAUCAAUUCAAUAUAUGGGUUAAGUUUUUUUCUUU